AUGGGGCCACUUGCUCGCUACGCUGUUAAUGUAGCGUCAACCACAGACGUGCAGAAGGUCCUCUAUCUCACGGAUAAACAAAAUAUUCGCCUUGCUAUCCGGAACACAGGCUAUGAUUUUAUGGGUAAAUCCCCUGGGCCUGCCGCUGUUGCUUUCUGGACACAUCACCUCAAAUUAGUCCAAUCCAUGCCCGGAUAUAUCCGUUAUAGCGGGCCCACAAUGCGCAUUGGUGCAGGAAUACAGGGCUCCAAAGCUCAAAACGCCGCCCACAAAUCAGGCUUUGUUAUUGUGACUGGUCAUUAUCCAGACAUCCGAAUAGCAGGCGGCUACACUCAGGGCGGAGGCCAUGGGCCGCUGGGAUCGCGAUAUCGACGUCAGUUGACAAACUCUUGGAGUGGGAGGUUGUGA